UUUGCCGGUUUCAGCAGCAGCAGACACAAUGAAACGAGGGGCAAUGUAGGACACCACGUUGGAGCUUGAAACUCAGACACACAUAGCAAAGGUCACUGCUGCUGAUGAGAAAAAACAACGUGUUGAAAGUCUUUGGGAAGAACCGCACGGGCUCAGGAAACGAGGCUCUCCAUCAGAACUUUAGUUGUGUCGUUAAACCCAGUCGCGAUUAAAAAAAAAAUGUCGUUCGCCUAUUCGGAUUAUCUGGCCGCUGAGUGUCUGGUGUCGAUAUCCAGCGGUCCCGUCCUCCAUCGACCCACCCCGGUGUCUGGUGCGGCUCAGGCCCCUCCUCAGGGCCUUCCUGCCGGGGAGCCAGACGGGUCGAGCGAGGACAGGGAGGUGCGGGAGACGCUCCGGUUAGAGGGGGCCAAUAUGAUGACGGUGGCGGAGAUCCUCACCGACCUACACGACAAGUUUCGUCCCAUGUCGGCCUACUCCGAAAGCAGCAACUCGUCAUGCGGAGAGAGCGGCUACACCACGUUGUCUGACUCCACCACCCCGACACCGACCAUGACCCCCUCUGCCACCCCUGUCCCGGGACAGUACAAUAACACUCAGCAGUUUUGGGGAGGAGGAGGCGCACCCCGGUCCCCCACCAAGCGUCACCCCUGUACUUUCGACGGUUGUGACAGGGUAUAUGGCAAAUCAUCCCACCUGAAAGCCCACAUCAGGACCCACACAGGUGAGAGGCCCUUUCCUUGCACCUGGCCCGACUGCGAAAAGAAGUUCGCCCGUUCCGACGAGUUGGCCCGACACCUGCGCACCCACACUGGCGAGAAACGCUUCCUGUGCCCACUCUGCGACAAGCGCUUCAUGCGCAGCGACCACCUCAUCAAGCACGCCCGCCGGCACCCCAACUUCCACCCCUCCAUGAUCAACCGCAAGGGUUCGGCUCAGGGAUCCGCUUCAACCCAGCCCACCGCCGCCUCCUCAGAGUACGCCAGCACUGCCAUGUAGACCCCUGCCUUCUGCACUGUGACCACCGUCUCUAAGACACUGCAGCUUACUCGAUCGCCGUGCAUGCUGGGAUCCUUUCAAGCUCAGUCCUCACUUCCACAGGCCAAAAAUGAAGAACUUUCACCACGUCUUCCUCCGAACCCCUUCGCCCAACCAGUGACGACCAAAACGGGCGAAGGAGACACAAACGCUCAAGCACAUUCCCAAGUCACGUGAUUAAACGAUCACAUGACCGACAAGUGACUGCGAACGCAGCAUUGGCUUGCUUUGGGUGUUCUAGAUUCAUCUGAAAUGCCGUAAUGGCCCUUUUUUUUGGGGUGCAUGCAGACAAAAUUGCGACCAGCAGCAGCACAAUGUUUUCUGUCGGCCAUCGUUGUCGUUUCACUUGUCAGCCAUGUUUUUGAAACUUCCUAAAGGAUACGUCACAGUUUAAGGGAAAGUUUACUCGUUCUUUGGUCUUUUUUACAGUCGUUCCAUCUAUCGUCGAAAAUUUCGCACAAAAUGUCUUUUUGUAUAGCCAGAACGGCAAAACCGGUCAGUUUUUUUGUUGUCCACACAUGCUGUACGACACAAUAACCAGGUUCAAUUGCAGAAUUUCACAAAGUAUUUGUGUGUUACUCAUGAAUCAGUCACGCAUAACACGUGCAGUGACUUUAUGCAUUCUUAAACCUACUUGGCUUUGCGAAAACUUGAAGUUGUGAUGUCAAGUUUAUCCAUUCCUUCAACGAAUUCUAUUCUUGACCACCUUUGAAAACCAAACAACGCUAUCGAUUGAAACCGAAACGGCCAGUGAGUUUCUUCCGGGUAGAAACACUGCCUGCAAUGCCGCAUUUCCACAUAGCUUUCCCUACUGAAAGUUGUAGUAAGUUAUUGUCAACUUAAUUUCCUUUUGUUUUCUAUUAGUAGUAUAAGCAUGGCAACUGAAAAAGUAGGCUUUUUUAUUGUUCAUUUUAUUAGACCAUGAAUUUAAUAUUAUUAUUAUUAUUAUCAUUUUCCACUUUGUUUGGCCAUGUAAUGUUGAUACAUGUAGCAAUGUGUUUAAUAGUAAUGUGGAUACGUGUAGAUAAAUAUCUAUGCUUGCAGCUUCAAUGGUAAAGAUGUUAUAUAAACUACUAGAAGUAAUACACCUCAUAUUAGGGGUGACAGUACACGCUUGAAUAGAAUAGUGCUGCUUGUGUGCGAAUGUGUGCGCGUCACGUUCGUGUGUGUGUGUGUGUGUAUUCACGCGGGAGAGCCGGGAAACGAUCUCUCUCCAAAACUGUCCCUCCCGUGGACCUCUUACAACUAUCUCAGAGAACAAAAAAAAAACACAUCAGGAAACUCAGAAAGCCUUAAUCUACUUGUUUUGCACCAUUGUUUACUGUCGGAUAUUUUCUACAGGUAUGCCGUCAGGCGUCGUUCUUCUCGACUAAAGAAAUACACAUGCAAUAUUGCACUUUUUUUCUUACUGGUGUUGUCAAUAAUGCUAGUCGUCUGCUAGUGUGAUGGGUUUCGCUGCAUAGAUGCUACUGCAUAGUGCUCAACUAUACGAACACUGUGGAAGGGGAUACAAACCUGUCACAAUAAAUCGAUACAUUUGUCUAAAUGCGCACCUUCGUCUGAGUGCUUAAACCAGUGUGAGGAAAAAUAGACUUGAUUUUUGUGGACUUUUCACUUUCGUUUGUAUUUUGCUUUACAUUUUGGAGUGUAAUGGAUGCAAAAGCUCUGAACUCGGUUGGGUCUGGUAUCAAAACUACAGCUUUUUUUUAAUGGUUCAUCACACCGUUCUUCUAAUCAAUGCAAUAUUCGGAGUGCUUUGAGCUUUACUGCUGGCAGUAACUUAAAGCACGAUGACAACUGACAAGUUAACAAACCAAACCAGAAUAGCAUUUUGUUUGUUCUGUAGCUACUUAAAGUAUGUAUUCGUCACAAUGCUUGAAUGUUUGGCCGGGUUUUUUAUGUCGUCUUUUAGUAGUAGUUCUCCUGUUGUGAGUCGUCUGGAUCUUUUGACCGUUGACGACAUCAAUGGUUCACUGUGUUGGGCUGCGGUGGGCUUUGUAUGUGAUUCUCGACAGACUGAGACCAUUGUGAUCACGUCUUUGGACUUUCACUCACAAUGCCCUCUUUUAGCAGUCCGGAUUCAACUUUGUAUUUGAUAUCCCUCCCAUUAUACUCGACACAUUCGCAGCUAGUACUCUGGACAGCCAUCACAAACCACUGGAUCAAAUUUGAUAUUAUUAUUAUUAUUUUGUGCGUGUUUUGUGGUCUUUAAUUUCAGUUAUUAUAUUUUGCAUUUAGUUUGAUGUACUGGAAAGUCUUGUUUCUUAUGCUUUUGUAUUGGUUUAUGUACUGUAGAUGUCUAUAGUAUGCAGAACAUAGCUUUCUAGAUGGUUUAGGACAGAACCCAGAUAGCUUCGCAAUCGUAUAUUGGGGAAAACAUGUAUUCUGUAGUUCCUUCGGGAAAAAUGCUGCAACUUUUGCCGUGUUCGAGGCAUCCGAUGUCUUGCGUGUCAAACUAAGAUGUGCGUGAGCGCGGCUG